AGCGUCGUACGAACCCGCCUGUAGUGGAGACCGCGAGCGUGACGAGCGGACUGCGACACGUGCCGAUCGCGACGUACCGUGCAGUGUCUGUAUUGAGUGUGCUGGACUGAGAUGUGAGUGUCCUGUGCUAACUGUGGUGUCUGGUGUCGCUGUGCUCAUCUGAUACUGGUAUCGAGGUCGCGGGCGGUCGCGGGGGUAUGCGGUGGCCGGCGCGAGGUGGCUAGCACGAGAUGCAGCGUGCACGCCGCCAUCUGACGCGGCUGUUGGUCCUGUGUCUGACGCACCUGUCACCUCCCGGUGCGUGUGACGUGGCAGGUGGCGCGGGCUCAGUCAACUCGCUGCCGGCGGCGGGGGCCGCGGGGGGCGUGCGACUAGCGCCCUCCUUCGACGCGGCUACUCCACGGAACGUGACGGCGCUAGUGGGCAAGUCCGCCUACCUGAGCUGCCGCGUGCGGAACCUAGGCAAUAGAACGGUGUCCUGGAUCCGCCACCGCGACCUGCACAUCCUCACGGUGGGCGGCUACACGUACACGUCGGACCAGCGCUUCCAGGCGUCUCACUCGCCGCCCACGGACGACUGGACGCUGCAGAUCAAGUGGGCGCAGCAGCGCGACGCCGGGGUCUACGAGUGCCAGGUGUCCACGCAGCCCGUCCGCUCCUUCUUCGUGUCGCUGCACGUCGUCGAUUGCGACGAGAUCUAUCAGCGGAUGUUUGCCGACGAAGUGCCGUCGGCGCGCAUCCUGGGCGGGCCCGACCUGCACGUGGACAUCGGGUCCACCAUCAACCUGACCUGCCUCAUCCAGUUCAGUCCGGAGCCACCCGCCUACAUAUUCUGGUACCACGAGGACGAGGUGAUCUCGUACGACUCGACGCGUGGCGGCGUGUCCGUGGUGACGGAGAAGGGCGCCGCCACCACGUCGUACCUACUGGUGCAGGACGCCACGCCGGCCGACUCGGGCCGCUACUCCUGCGCGCCCUCCAACGCCGAGCUGGCGUCCGUGCGCGUGCACGUGCUCAACGGCGAGCGGCCGGCGGCCAUGCAGACGGGCUCAGCGGGCGUGUCUGACAGCUCGCGCGCCAUGCUGCUGCUGCUAGUGGCUGCGGCGCUGCACGGCCGGCUGCAGCGGGCCCAGCUGGCCAGCUGAUGCUGAUGUUACAUACAUUGAUACGUUAAUGAUAGGUUUUAUUAGCAGAUCUUGAAUGGCAACACGUACAGCAAACCGAUCGUAUUGAAGAGCGAUCCCGACACACGAACGUUUUAUAUGUUUAAAUAUAUAAUUAGAUUAUAAUUGAAGUAAAUUGAACGCUUUGCUCAAUAGCAUUGAAUGUUGGUUGUUCACCCGAGGCGAGUCAACUUAACACAUAAUGUCGCACUCACCGCCAAUUCUCUUAUCUUAUUAAUUUGGUACAAGCUGGUAUGUAUGGUGAACACAAUAUAAUAUUAAGCGUACGGUCACAGUACGUGACGACGGUGUGAGCUUCUCUAUAGAUUGAACACUUUGUAUCAAUCACAAAUUAAAUGAAGUCCUAGCAGCUCCCAAUUGACGAUCUGUUCGAGGUCUAUUCAAUUGUCGAGUUAGUAACAUCUUCUUACGUAUAUAGUCAGCUGCGGGAAGCAAUAUAAAAUUGUACGUUGUUAUAACAAUGUCAUACAAAACACGUCAUUAAGAAUUAUUUUCUAGAUAAUAUUCAUUGUAUGGACGUAUAACGUGUUUGUUAGCCUUGGACAGCGGAGUACUUAAGAGGUUCUUAUAAGUACAUAAAUAUUAAUAUCUACAAGUACAACUGUCAUUGGUAGGUAUUAGAGGACGAUCGCGACUCGCAGUGUUCUGAGGGAACACAAUAUUAGCUAAUUGUAUUUAUAAAUAUUGCAAUGAAAUUAAUAGUAAAAUUAAUUGUACUUAUAAUAAUUGAAAUAAUGUCUAACAAUAUAAUAUAAUGUAUCUGUUUCACAAUUAGUUACGUAAUGAGGUUGCUUGAUAACUUGUUAUUUUUCAAUUUCAAUUAGUUAUGUAAGUAAGUACCUACUUGUUAUUCACGAAGUACUACUUGAUACGAGCUAAUGGCAACACAAUGAUAACAGUAUCUCUACAGUAAUCUAUUUGUUUUGAAGUGUGACUGUUCUUGUUAGUACUACCUACAACAGUAAGUCGCAACACGCACGCACAGCUUUCUGUUGACUGUUGGGAAAGGUUAAGUAAAAAGUAACCUCAUUACUUAUAGAAAACCUUUUUGAAUAUUGACCUCCAAUUUACUAAUUAUAAUAUGCAUUAACAAUGAUGUUGAUAGUUGAAGCUAGCCGCGACUCGCGAGUGCAUUCUUAAACAAUUAAUGUACAUUUCACAUAAUAUUAUGACAAAGCUAAAUUUAAAACUACACACGUAAUAGAUUAAUUUAAACACUUUUUACUAGUAUUAUCAAUUAUGGUCCCUACUAUAGAUAUAGAGCUAGGGACGGGUCCCUACUCCACAGUCUACUGUGUCAACUCCAAUACAGAACGUUGUGUGACAGCUGUGGCGUCUUACAUAAUAAUAUGUCAAAACUGUCAGAAUGACGAUAAACAAACCCGAUCCGUAUGUAGAGCGAGCUGAGAAAGUUCUUAUAAACACGUUUAAUAUUACAGAUGGUUCUGUUAGAUAGAAAAAUAAUAAUAAAAUAAAGAUGGUUCGCAGACAAUUAAUUUAUAUACCUAAGUAUAUACAGUUUAGUACUUUAAAAGCAAAUUUCGUGCAUAGAUAUUAUAGAUAUCCUACAGAAGAAUAUCCUACACUAGAAUGGUCUAAUGUAGGUAUAGGAAGCUAAAGAUAUCACAAUAAUUAUCUGUGCACUAGCCAUCUGGGGUCGAGGUUGAGGUGACAUCGACAAUCACUUAAUACAUUCAACAACUUGACUACUUGUUAAAUAUAUUUUAUGUUAUUUUCAAUAUAGUUUUCAUAUUGUAUGUUGUGCGAGGGGCAUCUCAUUCCCACGAGGUGCAAAUAAUAAUAAUAUUAUGACCGAGUAGUACCUACUUGUUGUUGUGUCGUAUUAACUGACUCUGUGUCAACGACAAAUUAUUUUCUAACAAAAUGAAUGAGAUAACGAACAGCCACUGUCAGCUCAGAUACCUUCCGUCAGUGGGCUGAUGAUAUCACAAAUAGAGGGAGACAUGGCGGUCACGGGUUCGUUAUCUUCAAUUAGUUAUAAUAAUUAGUGUUAAGGAUAUUAUUGAGAAACUAUCUGUUUCAAUUUAUAAAUAUACGACCCAGAGAAAUGAUUUAUUUAUGACAUGUUUGCAAAAAUAUAUGUUAAGUACUUUAUAUUAUAGCAUAUUGGGUAGAGGGCGCCGACUGCCGAGUAUUAUUGUAAAUGAAUGGAUAUAGAGUUUAAGUGUAAGUACUAAAUUAUAAUUGUAAAUAUAAUGAUAUUAUGACAGACACCAGUUUAACAAUAAUAACUUAAAAUAGAGACUCAGUCAAGUGUAAAAUAUGAGGUAUACCUACCUAUAAUAUAUAUAAUAAAGCUAUAUGUAAGUAAUAAGUUUGUUUUCAAAUAAAAUAUUUAAUAUUUA